AUGGCCGGGCCAGGGUUUCGGGGCCACCCCGCCGGACCUCUCCUGCUGCUGCUGCUGCUGCCCCCGGCCCUGACGGAAGGACCCCUGGUCUUCGUGGCGGUGGUGUUCCGCCAUGGCGACCGGGCCCCGCUGGCCUCCUACCCCACUGACCCGCACAAGGAGGUUGCAUCCACCCUGUGGCCACGUGGCCUGGGCCAGCUGACCGAGGAGGGGGUCCGCCAGCAGCUGGAGCUGGGCCGCUUCCUGAGGAGCCGCUACGAGGACUUUCUGAGCCCCGAGUACCGGCGGGAAGAGGUGUACAUUCGCAGCACAGACUUUGACCGGACACUGGAGAGUGCUCAGGCCAACCUGGCAGGGCUGUUCCCUGAGGCUGCCCCAGGGCGCUCCGAGGCCACCUGGAGACCCAUCCCUGUGCACACGGUGCCGGUCGCUGAGGACAAGCUGCUGAGGUUCCCUACGCGCAGCUGUCCCCGAUACCGUGAGCUGCUGAGGGAGGCCACGGAGGCCGCCGAGUACAAGACAGCCCUGGAGGGCUGGACGGACUUCUUGACUCGCCUGGAGAACUUCACGGGGCUGCCGCUGGUUGGGGAGCCGCUGCGCAAGGCGUGGAAGGUCCUGGACACUCUGAUUUGCCAGCAAGCCCAUGGUCUUUCCCUCCCAUCCUGGGCCUCUCCAGAUGUCCUGCAGACACUAGCUCAGAUCUCGGCUUUGGAUAUCGGAGCUCACGUGGGCCCACCCCAGGCAGCGGAGAAGGCCCAGCUGAGCGGAGGAAUCCUGCUAGAUGCCAUCCUGGCCAACUUCUCCCGGGUGCAGCGCUUGGGGCUGCCACUCAAGAUGGUUAUGUAUUCUGCUCACGACAGCACUCUCCUGGCCCUCCAGGGGGCCCUGGGUCUCUACGACGGGCACACACCGCCUUACGCCGCCUGCCUCGGCUUUGAGUUCCGGCGGCGCUUGAGCGACACGGACCGCGACAACGCAGAUGGCGACCGCCCAGGGAAUGUCACCGUCUCCCUCUUCUACCGCAACGACUCUGCUGGUCUGCCCUUGACUCUCCGCCUCCCCGGGUGCCCAGCCCCCUGUCCACUAAGCCGAUUCCGCCAGCUGACGGCCCCCGCCCGGCCUCCAGCUCACGGGAUCCCCUGCCACGGCUCCCACGAGCCCGCUACCCCCGCAGCCACCGUGGUGCCCCUGUUGGCUGGGGCUGUGGCCGUGCUGGCGGCCCUCAGCAUGGGGCUGGGCCUACUGGCCUGGAGACCUGGCUGCCUGCGGGCCUGGGGGGGCCCCGUGUGAGCCAGGAAACCGGGCACCCUUUCCCCCACAACUGAACUUGGAUCCCAACACUUGUGCUCACCCGCU